CUACACAGAGAAAAGAUACAAAUACACAAAAAUUCUAAGGAAAUCAAGCUGUCAUGAAAAAUAUUUCUUUCUUACUGGAUGGAUACAGAGGAAUAUAUGACCAGAGAUAUAUUUUUGUGGUUGUGCUAUCUUUACUAUACCCAGUCAUGAUCAUUUCUAACAGUGUACUCAUCUAUGUAAUAUGUGUUGAAAGAGGGCUACAUAAGCCCAUGUACAUCUUUAUUUGCAAUUUGGCAUGUAUUAAUUUAUAUGGCGGAUCUGCUGUAACUCCUUUUAUUUUGACAAAAAUGAUGACAGAAAAUUAUCAAAUAACAUGGCUUGCUUGCCUUGUGCAAAUAUAUAGUAUAUUUACCUAUGGUGGCUGUGACCUAACAAACUUAACUAUUAUGGCUUAUGAUCGAUAUGUAUCUAUAUGUUAUCCUUUAGAAUAUGCAAAAAUAAUCACACCUAAAAAAGUGGCUAUAGGUGUUGCAGUUUCUUGGCUUUUGCCAUUUGUGCGAUCUACCAUCACUAUCUCAAUUACAGCAAAUCUUAACCUUUGUGGAGUAAUUAUUGAAAAAGUCUACUGUGACAAUUUUUCUGUGGUGAAGCUAGCGUGCUCUGACACUUUAAGUGUUAAUGUAUAUGGUGCAAUUAUGAUGUUCCUUACCACCCUACUGGUUGUCAUAAUUUUCUACACUUAUGUGAGGAUCAUCUUUAUCUGCUUGAAACUGUCAAAAGGAGGUCGAGUUAGAUUCAGCACAUGUGUACCACACUUAAUAGCAUUACUAAAUUUUUUAAUUGGUAGCUGCUUUGAAUUGUUCCAAAGUCGUUUCAAUAUGCGUCAUGUGCCUUACACUGUUCGUGUUGUACUGUCAUUGUAUGUUCUUAUUCUGUCCCCUAUUAUAAAUCCGAUCAUGUAUGGAGUAAAAACCCAAAAAAUAAGGGAGACCAUAAUUAAAAGAAAUGUUAUAAGUUACACUUAAGGCAGCCUCUGGAAUCUGUGGAACAAGUUCUUUGUGCACUCUUUCUCUGAGGAAUCUUAGUAUGAACUUAUUUGUAAAUGGUAACACAAAUAAGUGAUAACAUACUCUGUUAUGCUGUUAGCUAAAACUUAAUGUACAUAAAACUUUAGCCUAUUACUUGUAAAUGUACUGCAAUUUUGUUUUGACAGUGUAAGGGCUUCUGAGCAGUUUUGAGGUUUACAUAAUUUGCUCAGAAGUGUACAGACAAAUUACACAAUAUAACUCACUGCACUGUUACCUACUGCCCUUCAGUUGUCAAAAAAGUUUUAUCUUCCUUUAUUUUUAUUUUUUUAUUUUGUUCACAAAUCAGAACCAAUGGCUUAUGUCUACAUAGAUGUCUAACAGAGUGAUAUGUUGUGUAACUGCUUUAUAUUGUUUUGUAGUAUAAGCAUUUGCAAACUAUAAACCUAUUGCUUGUCAAAUGAAAGACCAGUUUUUAAACCACAACUAAACUUUUAAACUUUAUAUUUUUAAGUACAAUUCAUAAUUUCAGUAACAUGUUCUAGAAAAUGUUCAAGAUAUCUUUAAUGUUGUUAAUAGAUAGUCUAUAAUAGGAAUACUCAUGUAUGUUUUCUAAAAUAAACCCUUCUAAUUCUAAGUCUAUGUGCUUUUUUUGAGAUAACUCAAUAUAGCAUGGACCAGAUAAAAUCAUUUCCUGAGGAAAAGAAUUCUGAGGAGUGAUAACACAGGCAUGAGAAAGAAAGAGCUGAUCCCAGUGUUAGCUAUAUGAAUCCAACUAGCUCAUUUCAAAAUGGGCCUCAGGCUUGUGGAAGGAAUACACUGGGUUGUCGUUAUACUACAUAGGCCUAUUGUAAAUUGAUGAAAUUCAAAUUUCUUCAAAUGUUCAUA